AUGGGGAGUGAAAAGCGCAAGAGAAGCGGAGAGUCGACGAAGCCAAAGAAGAAGGUCGUUAUUGAUGCGCCUCCUUUAUCAGCGACCGUCUCCUCCGUCCUCAGACCCAAGUUCUGCCCUCCUGUGAUAGCGACGGCUGUUGGGUUCCAAGUACCAACGAGCAUUCCCUUUCACUCAUAUGCGCCCAAGAAUGGCGCCAAGUCAAAAAGCAAGCAGCCUGAAUCGGCUGCCGAAAAGGAUUUCCUGCUGCACUCGAAUGCGCAUCGAUCUAUGGAUUACACGGUCAAAUCGGACGAGCCAAGAGGGAAAAAGCCAGCUUUGAAUCACUUCCUCGGAAUCUACGACCCCAAGACAGGAAAACUCGAGGUGGUCGAGGCGAAGAAGAUGACAAUGCGGGCUUCAGUACGAGCAAGGCAGGGCGCCGCUGUCACUUCUGGUCAGCGCGAUAAUACCCAGACACUGCUACAGCUCAAGACAGACCUCGGCCAGACAUUUGGUACCAAGAAGGCCAAGAAGGCCAUUCAAGAGAACGUCUUGAACGCUAUUGCACCGCAAAAGAAUGCCGGGGAAGAGCCUGCCAAGAUUGAUGCAGCAGCACGUGCUAUGCUCAACUCUGUCGGAGAAGUCACGUCGACCAUGUCAUCGAGAGAGGAGUUACAAGCGGUUGUGGAUGCCGCCAAGCCUGUGCCCAUUGCCAACAUGGAAGCGACCGAGAUCCAAGACGUUUACGAUCCCAAGAAGAUCAUCGGAGCCGACAUCCUCAAGCUGGUUCCCGUUCGAGAAUGGCAAGAGAAGGUACAACACAAGGAGAGCAUUCAGGUAUCAUCACGCUUUGUCGCCGCUCGGGUGAACCGCGUGGCAGGCAACGAGGAGGCCGUGGAUCGACUUCGUGUAUUACGUUACUUCUACUUCGUGCUUCUUUUUUAUCUCCACAGCAAGCCUGGCAAGGCCCGGGGCACCCGAACUAUCGCACCACGAGAGAAACUUAGAGAGUUCCUUGCUCCUGCCCCCGAGGCCGUGAUUGAGAGUAUUCGCCGCAAGUUCUCUGACCGUGGCGAAAUGCGCAAGUUCCACGUGGAUCUGCUGAUAACACAUUGCUGUGUUUUCGCAAGCAUCAUCGACAACUUUGAGGUUGACACACAGAACCUACGUGACGAUCUGAAGAUCGACCAGAAGACCAUGAAUGCCUACUUCCAGGAGAUUGGUGGUCGUAUGAAGCAUGUUAUAAACAAGGAUACGAAACAACAGGUUAGCGUAGCCCGUCUAACGCUGCCAUUGAGCUUCCCCAAGCAGAGGCAAUUUGCCCCGAAACGCCGAUAG